AUGCCUUCCGCCGAAUACCAGACACCUAGCUUCAAAACUCCAUGGAUCGAAACUCCGCUUGUCGAAUCCGCUGCCUUAUCUCGCGCUGCGGGAUGUAGGAUAUUCCUGAAACUGGAGAAUGUUCAGCCUAGCGGCUCUUUCAAGUCUCGUGCUAUGGGCAACCAGAUUCUAUCCCAUCUUCGCAAGCCAGAAUAUGCAAACCGCCGAAUUCACUUCUACGCCUCGUCCGGUGGAAAUGCCGGGUUAGCCGCUGUGUGUGCUGCUCGAACUCUGGGAUACCCUUGCACCGUUGUGGUGCCCCUCUCUACGAAGCCAUUAAUGCUUGAGAAAUUAAAAGCUGCCGGUGCCGCGGACGUCAUUCGCCAUGGCGAGACAUUCUUCGAGGCCGGCUCCUACAUGAAGGAGGUUAUCAUGCAAACUAGCUCCGGUGAUGAUGAAGACGUGGCCAAAAUUGCCCUACACCCCUUCGACAAUGAGCCCAUCUGGGAGGGUAACAGCACUAUCAUUGAUGACAAGCUUAUGGCGGACGGGCACUCCCCUCUCGAUGCUAUCCUCUGCAGUGUUGGUGGUGGUGGUCUUUUGAACGGCCUCGUUAUGGGAAUUGAGAAGCGGCGGUCUAUGAAGCAGAGGGAUAAUGGCUUCUCCAGCACCAGCCACUCCUAUCUGGAUACAGCUUUGGAAACAGUCACUACCACCUCCUCCGUUCCCGUCUCCACUACUCCAAGUCCUAUCAACCUUCUCGCCAUCGAAACAGACGGCACCGACUCCCUAGCAGCGGCCAUCGCCCACAAAUCCCUCGUCUCUCUACCUAAGAUCACCUCCCAAGCCACAUCUCUCGGAGCCAUCCGCGUCUCAGAAACUACAUUCCAAUACGCAGUGUCGCCUCCGCCCGGUAUCAAAGUUCACAGUGCCGUCCUCACAGACGCUGAGGCGGCACGAGGUGUUCUCCGCCUUGCAGAUGAUGAGCGGCUUCUCGUCGAACUCGCAUGCGGAGUCUGUGUCGAAGCGGCCAUCGGCGAUGCCGCCGCCGCCACUGCCGCCGUUGAGUCGGCGAUCCCCGUCGCUGAAGGUCAAAGCUCCAAGAAGCGCAAGAGGGAUAUUGAUGAUACUGCUACCCGAGAUGAGGGUUACGGCGACGACCGGGCCUCUUCGACAGAUAAUGAAGCCGACCUGGAGCCUAGGCCGGAAACCAGUGAAGCUGGCCACGUUGUCACAGCUAAGACUCCUGAACUCACAUCCAAGUUGAAGCAACUACUACCUGACCUCAACUCUCAGAGCAGGGUUGUCAUCAUUGUCUGUGGCGGAAGUAAUGUUACUAUUGAUAUGGCUGGGGAAUAUAGAAAGUUGCUGUCAGAGGGAUGGGUUUAA